CGCCCCCGGCGGCCGUGAUGCAGCCGGCCCCUCCCCCCCGCCGCAAGGGCUGGAAGCUCCCGUUAGCCUGGGUGCCCUUAUUUAAUUUCGAGUGUGAUUUUGCUAUUUUUAGCAGCUGGAUCCCCUCCAAUCCGCAUUUGCGAGCAGCAGCAGCCGCCGGGAGGGGGGGGGGUUUAAUUCGCUUCACAACACAGACACGCCAGGAGAAAAAAAAACCAAAACAAACAAACAACCUAAAAACCACCAAAAAAAAAAAACCAAAAAAACCCAAAAAACCAAACCAAACCACCCAAAACACCCCAAGCACCCAGCUCCGAGAUCAAGCUGACUGACGAUGAGCGAAUCCAGCGCCAAAUCCAGCCAGCCCCUGGCCUCCAAGGGGGAGAAGGACGUGUCGGAGAAGAGGGGCCGGGGCCGGCCCAGGAAGAAGCCACAGCAGGAGCCCAGCGAGGCCCCGAUCCCCAAGAGACCCCGUGGACGGCCGAAGGGCAGUAAAAACAAGGCCACCCCGAAAGGCAGGAAAGCUGCAGUCACACCAGGGAGAAAACCUCGAGGCCGACCCAAAAAAUCGCAGCAGGACGAGGAGGAGGUGAACAUUUCCCAGGAAUCAUCCGAGGACGAGCAGUGAAACCUCCCAAACCGGCGCUACCUCAUCGCCUGACGGUCCCGCGUCCUCAGCGGCCGGGGGAGAGGGACGGGGAGAAACCCACUGUGCCGCCCUGGCUUUUUCCUCCUCCCUCCUCCGCUCCUUCCUCACCCUCAGACAAUGGCAGCACUGGAAAACGGCCCAGCCUGGGCAGCCCCCGCAGCCCCCCGGCCCAGAGGGGGGGCACUCGCCCCGGCUCCCCCCUCUCCCCAGCGCUGGGUUUUGUGGAGCAGCCCCACUGGCACAGGGGGUGCCAGGCAGAGAGCUGGGGCUGGGACCCCCCCCACCUUUGCUGCCCCCCCCCAUGAUCUCACCCAUCCAAAGCGGGUGCUGGUUGCCCCCUGAGCACCGGGCUUUGCCCCGGGAUUUCUGCAGGGAAGAGACAGGGGGGUCAGCAAAGGCGAGACCCCCACGUGCAUCAGACCUUCGCUCUGGCCUGCUGCUACCCUGGGCAAAAACCCCCUUGUGUGUUGUUCCCCACCCCCCCCCCGCCAGUCCCGGGUGACUGCACUGUGUGUGGGAGAGCAGCUCCCGCCGUGACGCCGGAGCUCAGCACCCAUCCCUGGGGGUGCCCAAGUGGGGCUGGCUCGGGGCAGCCCCUUCCUCAUAGGUUCUGGUAUAUAUAUAUAUAUUUUUUUUUUUUUUUAGAAAAAAUACUUCUUUUUUUUUUUUUCCUUUCAUUCACAACUACCUCUGGAUAUUUAAGUUCCACUCUCUGAACUCACAGACAUGCUGCUGCUGUGCCAGCUGCCGGGGCAUCAUUGGCUCCGUGUUUCCUUUUUCGGGGUGUUGCUGGGGGCCCUGGGGUAUUUUUUUCCUUCCCCUUUUUUUGGGCUUUUUUUUAAAAAAAAAUUGUUAUUUUGAGGUCUAGGUUGCUCUGCUGCUUCAAGGGA